AUGGCAUUCAUUGCAAGUUUUGCAGCCGUAUCUGCCAUAUUUUCGUCAAUAGUUAUCUACGGCGCUGGUGUGGGGCUCUCCAACGCAAAAACUCUAACUCAAGGACUAAUUAUUGUUAUUGCUACUGGUGCAUUUCUAACUCAACGAGCUCUCAUCGUCAUGCGUGUAGAAGGUGUUCCCACCAUCAACUGUUUUUCCGCACAUGAUGGCUCAUUUGCUUGCCUGUCUAUCUUGCGUCUGACAGUACUGUUUGCCCUUUACAUUCGAGUCAAAGGGGUCAUUAAAGACAGAAUAUACUUUCACAUUGCCACGUAUCUAUCUGUGAUGUCUGGAGUAGCUUCCGUGGUGUUACUGAAUUACCAAGGGUUAGCAACCCCCUAUCUCCCAGGCAAAUGCGUCCAAAACUUCAGCUCUGUAUUCACGGCCAUUAUUAAUGCUCUUCUUGUAGGCCCUUAUUGUAUUCUUAACCUCAUCAUGGCCCUUCCUAUCAUCUAUACCUUGAACCAUGCACCGAGAGAUUCAGUCUCAACCUCGCGUAUCGUGAAUCAAACCAGACUAUUGGUAAAAUUUCUCCAGCUGAUUCCACUACUCCUCUGCAUGUCGCUGGUUUUGAUCAUAGUUGCGGCCCCACCGUCGUCCAACCUUUUUGGGUUCCUGGUAUCGUUACUAUUUACAGAAUUUUGCCAAAUUUGGCUGUUGCUAUUUCCGUUGGUAGUACUGGCUGCAGAUAAUCUGGCCACGACAAGUGAUGAACAUUUGCUUUUAGGUGAUCAUACGCCUCAAAGGCAUAGUGUUGCUGAGCAACCUGGCCGAAGAACGUCGCUCUAACAAGUACCUUGAAUAUUUAUAGGCUAAAGACAAAGUCAUAUUUGUUGAACAUAGUAUACUGGAUUGAAUCAAACAGACAGACCUGUUCAAUUGAUAUUUUUAUGAAUUAAAAUAUGCAAUCUAUUCAUUUUGAAAGUUUACCCACCAAAACUAUCUUAUUAGCUCAUGAUAAUAAAGAU